AUGUGGAAAAGGAGCCGGCUGAGUCAGCCGGGCCUGCCCCCUGCUGGGCCGCCAGUCGGACGUCCAGGUGGGCUGCAGGCAGACAAGGCUCUUUGGUAUAACGGGAUGUGUUUACAAGGACCUGGCGGUGUUCCUGGACGGGAUGGGAGCCCUGGAAUCAAUGGAAUCCCGGGGACACCUGGAAUCCCUGGUCGAGACGGGCUCAAAGGAGAAAAAGGAGAGUGUAUGCGAGAAAGCAUUGAGGAGUCUUGGACGCCCAACUUCAAACAGUGUUCAUGGAGCGCAUUGAACUAUGGCAUAGACCUUGGGAAAAUAGCAGAAUGCACGUUCACAAAGAUGCGUUCUAACAGCGCACUGCGAGUUCUCUUCAGUGGCUCACUUCGACUCAAAUGUAAAAGUGCCUGCUGCCAGCGCUGGUAUUUUACGUUUAAUGGCGCUGAAUGCUCUGGGCCACUUCCUAUUGAAGCUAUAAUUUAUUUAGAUCAAGGAAGCCCCGAGUUGAAUUCUACUAUUAAUAUACAUCGUACUUCUUCAGUGGAAGGAUUAUGUGAAGGAAUCAAUGCUGGGUUGGUGGAUGUUGCUAUCUGGGUUGGUACUUGUUCAGAUUAUCCAAGAGGAGAUGCUUCUACAGGAUGGAAUUCAGUCUCUCGUAUCAUAAUUGAAGAGAUGCCAAAAUAGAUUUUCUUCCAACACCUAUUUUAAUCCAUCAUCUC